GGGGAAAGGCAGAGACUGACAUGGAGCCGGGGAAGUAUCUGGCUGGCCUCAUCUUAGCUGUCACUCUUCUUCAAGGUACUACAGCCCAGAAGAAACAAGAAGUUCCUGUGGUAAAAGUAGAUGGCAAUCGAGAAGAUGGUUCGGUAUUUCUGAUUUGUGACUCACAAGACACAAAUGUCAUAUGGUUUAAAGACGGGAAGGCAACUACUUCCUCGCGUAAAAACAAGUUUGAUCUGGGAAGCAGUAUCAAGGACCCUCAAGGGAUAUAUCAAUGUCAAGGAUCAAAGAAUAUUUCAAAACCACUCCAAGUGUAUUACAGAAUGUGUCAGAACUGCAUUGAACUGAAUGUAGGCACUGUAUCCGGCUUUGUCUUCGCUGAAAUCAUCAGCAUUUCUUUCCUUGCUGUCGGGGUUUACUUCAUUGCUGGACAGGAUGGAGUUCGCCAGUCAAGAGCUUCAGACAAGCAGACUCUGUUGUCCGAUGACCAGCUUUACCAGCCCCUCAGAGAUCGGGAAAAUGACCAAUACGGCCACCUUGAAGGAAAGCGAUUGAGGAAAAACUGA